ACCGCAUCAACGACUUUUUCUUUUUCUCUGUCAUCAUCACACACCUGAUUUGAUACUGAAGAAUGCGUCUUGUAUAUCUCGUCCUAGCCCUUUCUACAGCCGCCAUGUCUAGAGCAUCAGUUCCGCCGGAAUACCUGCAGGCGAACCACAAGAACGGGGAUCCACCCCCAUUCGGCGCUGUCGAUGAUGUACAGACAAUACGCCUGAGUGGGCAACCUGACGCAGUCGGCGAGACGCAACCGGCCGACUGCCCUACGAUAAUGAUCAGCACUGCCACGCCUGGGGGUGACCAUAUCAAUGGAUGGAAGGAAAUUCCGGUAGUAGCGGGCUUUGACUUAAAGAGGCUUGUCGUUGAUGAGGAUAUGAAUGCUACGUUGCCCUACUACAUUGAAAACACCAAAGACCUUAUACAGAUUACGCGCGUUGUCAUUACCACGGCUGGGAUAUGGAGGAACGGAUGGAAAUAUGCCAAUAACAUACGAAACUCCCUCAUCUGCGCCGCUGGCCGGGAAAGCGUCAACGCGGACAUGAGCAAGAUCCUCGUCGCUUGCCCCCAGUGGCUGAACAAGGAGGAUGUUGCUGCUGGCGCAGCGGAGCCGAACGAUAUAUACUAUCACAAGAAUACCUACCAGCGCGGGGGACCAGCUGUCGGUCCUGGUCAGGUGAAAAUAUCGUCUUUCGAAGCUCUGGAUAAAUUUAUAGCGAUCUUCUGGAAUAAAGAUGUCUACCCGGCACUGGAGACGAUUGUUUUCGCGAGUCAUUAUGCAAUGCUCCGUCCCUCGCAGCCCGAAGACAGCCAGAUAACUUACGGCGUCAUGAAUCCCGGCUCCUUCGCCUGGCUCGUGAGCGACCGCCCCGUAUUUCCCACAGAUAUAACCUGCGCCGACCCCUCGGUCUACGACGCCUGGUACUUUGGUAUCGGCCCCGGUAAGCCCAAGCGGAUCCCAAAGUAUGUUCGAGAUGAGGUCAUCAACAACCGCACUUUCGUCGAGGGGCGGUAUACCUCGCGGAAUGUCUUUUAUGGCUUCGGACUUGAUGAUCAUGGGAAGGGCGAUACCCACUGCGAGGCGCAGAUGCAAGGAGCUUCGCAUUUGGAGCGUGGGCAAAAUUUCAUGAAGAUGUUGGAGGGUCUGCCUGGUGGCUUUCCGGUCAAUCAUAGUGUGGAUUACAUAGAGGGUAUAAGUCAUCUGGAUUAUCAUAUGAUGGUCUCUGAGCCAAUGCAGCGGAAGAUGUUCCUCUGAUUUAGAAAGGAUGAGGAUAACAACCGAUCGUGAUAACCCGCGCUCGUCUGAUGGGAUUGCCCUCUGAUAAAAAUGCAUUCGUACUCGAGGUCAUCGUAAAACCGCUGAUGAGAUGUAUAUCGACAUCCGCUCACCCUCCGGUUGUACAUACCAACCGGGGCUCUGCAACAAAAGCGCCAUGACAUGGAGGGGGUGAAAUGUUGUCCCAGUUAGUACGGCAUUUCUCGUGCAUCGUAUGCAUACCUAUUCACGCCUACUAUUACUACUUAUAUCCUUUAAUCACUCUGACCGUGCUCAAGGCAUAGUUACCUGCUACCCCAUUCUGCAUUUCUUGCUCUAUAGAGGCUUCAGUGAGGCAUCAAAGGAUUACACCUGUAAGAAACGAUUGGUGGCGAUGAGAUAUGAAAGUGCUGUAUAUAAUAAGAGUAUCCACAUAUAGAAGUAAUACAGGUUUAGC